AAUUUUGUCUCAAGCCCGAAAACUAUAUACGGGUGAAGAUUAAGGCAUCAGCAUAAACCCUCCAAAAUCCAAAGAUCUCUCUGCCGCCUCUUCCUUCUCUCCGCCUCUUCCUUGAAGUAGUGAGCAGCUUCUAGGUUUGACAAGAAAUGGUGCGACCGUACAAAGUUAAAGGGGAAAAGAGGAAAAAGAAAGGAGAGAAUUAUGAUAAGGAAGAAAUAGAGGAACCUUUGGAAGAGGAGUCAGCAAAAAGAGUGAGAACAGAACACACCGAAGCAGACACUGAGGCAGCUGAAAGAGUUGUAGAUUUACUGGCUGGCAUUCCGGUUGUUUCAACUGAUCAAAGCACCAAACCUGGUGUUAUUUUCAUCAUUGAAAGAGCUUCUCUGGAAAUUGCUAAAAUUGGAAAGACUUACCAACUUCUCAACUCAGAUGAACAUUCCAACUUUCUUAAGAAGAAUAAUCGAAACCCUUCUGAUUAUCGACCUGAUAUUGCUCAUCAGGCAAUGCUUUCAAUUUUAGAUAGUCGAGUGAAUAAAGCUGGGAGAUUAAAAGCUUUGUAUGUGAAGACCGAGAACGGUGUCCUAUUUGAAGUAAAAAAACCUCAUGUUCGUAUCCCUAGGACGUUUAAACGAUUUGCUGGCAUUAUGUUGCAGCUGCUACAAAAGCUGAGCAUAACUGCUGUUGGUAAGCGAGAGAAACUGUUACGUGUUAGAGAAAACCCUGUUUCACAGUACCUACCCAUUGACUGUCGGAAGAUAGGCUUUUCUCAUAGUUCCGAGAAACUGGUGGAUGUUCAGGAAUAUGUUAAUGGCAUCAACAAGGACAUGAACCUUGUUUUUGUGGUUGGGGCAAUGGCCCACGGGAAAAUUGAUACAGAUUAUGUCGAAGAUUAUCUAUCGA